GCUGCAGCCUGAAACUGUAUCCGCAGCAGCAGUGCUGACUUCAUGCUGACUUGAGGCUGAAAACUAGUUUCAUUUGUUUGUCUGGGUUCAGUUGGAUUUCAGUCUUAAGAGGUGCUACUACUUAUAAUUAUAUAUAAAGAGGUCAAGAUCUUCUGACUUCGGACACCAACAGACAGCUUUACAAAAACCCAUGACACAAGUAGGAGCACAACGAGUUGAGAGUAUCAAACCUUCUGAUGGAGAGACGACAACAUUACGAUUCUAUCCUGGACCGAAGCAAGCGUAUUACCUGGCAGGACGACUGCUACAUGGAUCUGCAGUCUACGUGCUCAGCUUCAUCUCACGCAGAAGCAGAGGAUCUGAGCUGGCUCAAAAAGCACCAGAUCGGGCUGCAAAGCUUCGUUACGCCCCCAUUCCUGGGGGAGAUGUUAAAUUACCUGAGAAAGGUGGAUAUGCUGACUUCAGCUGAAGAGAGCAGCAUCAAGGAGGCAGGCCCGGUACAGGACCAGGUCAACAUGCUCACCAGUGUCGUCGCUGGCAAGGAAGGCCAGUGCUCUGAUGCCCUUCAGGGGUUCGUUGAGAGCUCAGAGUCUCCAAUUGCUCAGCUCAUCAUAAACCACCAUGCCAUGGUGAAGAAGCACAAAGAGGUGCUGUUACAGCGAUAUGAACAAUACAGAGACAGAGACUCAGUCAGCUGCCCCAAACUGAACAUCUCCUCAAGGAACUUACUGCAGGUUGAAGGACUUUCUGACCUGCAACAAAAAGAGCACGACCUGAUGCAGGUGGGAGUGGCUCGAGGAGGGAAAAGAAAUCACCUGAGGCAGCUUGCAAUAGCAAAACUGUUUCAGCCUCUGACCCGGGUCAGUUUGCCUCCCAGGGUCUCCCUCACGGUUGGGGUGGCUGGUAUUGGCAAGACAACAUGGGUACGACACUUCAUCAGACAGUGGAGCCAAGGGUCCAUCUGCACAGAUGUUCACUUUGUUUUAGCUUUCACCUUUUGCGAGCUGAACUCAUUGGAGAAGCUUUCUGCUGAGAGGCUGGUGAAACUGAAAUAUCCUCAUUUAGCAGAGCCCAGCGUGGUCCUGAGUGGCGCCUGCCGGACGCUGCUCAUACUCGAUGGUUUGGAUGAAUUCCACUCUGCAUUAAACUUCUCUGAUGCAGCUCCUUGCAAUGACCCAAAGAAAGAAGUGUCCACCGCUGACUUAAUUACCAACAUCAUCAGAGGGAAUUUGCUUCCUGAUGUCACAGUAUGGGUCACGUCCAGGCCGGGAGUGGCCUCGCUCAUCCCUGGAGGACUUGUUGACAGGGUGACUGAAAUCCCUGGAUUCAGUCCUGCAGACAUCCAAAUAUUUCUAAACCACCACUUCUCAGAGAAUGACUUUGCCAGCAAAAUAUGGGAACACCUGGAAUCCCACAAGAUCUUGAUGGUGAUGUGCUACAUACCAUGUAUUUGCUGGAUGACAGCCGACACUUUGUUGUACAUCAUGCAGAGUGGAACACAGGAGAGCCUUCCCAGGACUUGCACUGAGUUGUAUGCCCAUUUCUGCUCCAUGAAGGCAGAAGUAGGUGAACCCAGAGGGAGAGAGCCUAUAAAAAUGGAGCAGCUGCACGGGAGCAAUCGCAAACUGCUGGGGAACAUUGGCCGGCUAGCAUUCUACGGGCUCCUGAAACACAAGUACACCUUCAGUGAGCAGGAUCUCAGGGCCUAUGGCAUAGAUCUGCUCUUAACUCAAAGCAGUCUUGGUGCCGGAGUUCUUAUCCGGGUGGAGUCGGCCCUACACACAACAUACCGAUUUGCACAUUUGACUUUGCAGGAGUUUCUUGCAGCUACAUUCUACCAUGUUUCAUCCAAGCGGGCAAUCUUUGACCUGUUCUCAGAGAGCAGCAUGUCCUGGCCAAAGAUUGGCUUUCAAAAUCACUUCAGAAAUGCCUUUCAGCACUCGCAACAGGCAGAAAAUGGUCACUUGGAUGUGUUUGCGCGCUUCCUAACAGGCCUGCUCUGCCCAACAGCAAUCAAACCUCUUUCUGGGCUCCUUGCGGUCGGGAAAGACGAUGGCAGUCAGAAGGCAUGGGCUGCAGGGUUUUUGCAAGGCCUCUUGGCCAGCGGAAAUGCUGUGGUUUCCUUACGUGAAGUCAAUCUGGCUUAUUGUUUACAGGAGUUGCAACACACAGAACUCCUGCGCAGUGUAGAGGAGGACUUGCGGCAGGGUAGCCUGGCUGGAAAGCUAACACGGCCACAUUGCAUAGUGCUGGGCUUCCUGCUGCAUGUGUCUCCAGAGUGCAGUGAACAGACCAACCUAACAGGCUGCCUCAACUACACAACGGUGAAAAGUGUGCUCCCGCAGUUACUCUACUGUAGCCAUCUCAGGCUAGAGAAUAAUAAAUUGAAAGAUGAUGUCAUGGAACUGCUGGGAAGCCUUCUGAGUGCUAAGGACUGCCAUAUUCAGAAACUAAGCUUGGUGGACAAUGCCAUCAGCAACAAAGGUGCCAAAGCCCUGAGUCGAGCCCUCUUGGUGAAUCGCACGCUAAUGUCUCUCAAUCUCCGGAACAACAACAUUGGAUCUAAAGGUGCAAAGUUCCUGGCAGAAGCUCUGAAAAAUAACCAAGCCCUGAUUUCGAUCAACUUACAAAACAACACCAUCGAGGAAGAUGGUGCUCAGGCCCUUGCAGAAGUGCUGCAGUGCAACCGCAAACUGAUGUCUCUGAAUUUACGGAAGAAUGCAGUUAAAGCAGGUGGAGCCAAAAGGAUCGCAGAAGCGCUGAAGACGAACCAAACUCUUAAUAAGUUGAUUCUUUGUAGCAACCAGCUUGGGGACAAAGGAACCGUCGCUCUGGCAGAAGCUCUGACAGUCAACCAAACUCUGCUCUCACUGCAACUUCAGAGUAACUCAAUCAGCAACAGGGGAAUGACGGCCUUGACCAAAGCCCUAAGAGUGAACCGGGGCCUUAAAUCCUUGAACCUAAGAGAAAACUCAAUUGGCGUGGAGGGAGCAAAGAAUAUGGCCCAAGCACUCUACGAGAACAACUCGCUGCAGGACCUUGAUCUCACUGCCAACCUGCUACAUGAUGAAGGGGUUCAAGCGAUCGCUGGUGCAAUCAAGUUUAAUCAAGGCCUCACCUCUUUGCAUCUCCAAUGGAACUUCAUAAAAUCCACGGCCACGAAAGCUCUGGCCCAUGCCCUCCUCUCCAAUGGCACAAUGAAGCUCUUGGAUCUACAGGAAAAUGCUAUUGGGAAUGAUGGUGUCGUGUCCCUUGCUGAAGCUCUUAAAGUCAACAAGUCUCUGCAGACAUUAUGUCUCCAGGGAGUUUCAGCAGGUAUGACCGGCGCCAUCGCAAUGGCUGAAGCUCUGAUGACUAAUCAAACCCUGCAGACGUUGGAUCUGCGUGGGAAUGCUGUAGGAAUGCAGGGAGCGAAGGCUUUGGCCAAUGCCUUGAAACGCAACAGAAGCCUCAAGUCACUGAACCUGCAGGAGAACUCUUUUGGCAUGGAUGGAGCAAUAUUCAUUGCAACAGCUUUAAAGGGAAACCACGAACUAACCUACAUUAAUUUGCAGGGAAAUGGCAUUGGAGAAUCUGGAGCAAAGGUCAUAUCAGAUGCAAUAACAGCCAGCGCUCCUGGCUGUGUGGUGGACAUCUAAACUAGAUAAAAGCCUUUACCGAGUUUGUAUAUUCAUGCAGUUCACAAAAUAACAUUAUGAGAGGCUGAUAUAAACUAUGUUCUUUAGUCAAAGACUCCAGUUGUAGAAUAUUUUUCAAUGUCACUAAAUGACCAUUAUUUUAUGAUGUUCUGUGUAUUGUUAUGUAUAUAUUGUAAUAUUUAUUAAGAAUGUAAAUAGCCACACUUUUUAGGCUCUAGACAAAAUGAUGAAAACAUUUAAGAAAAUGCUCAAGUGGCAUCUUAUCUUAAAUCCUAAAACAUACUAACCUGAACUAGUUGAGGUUAACAUGGAGGUACAAUACUCAUUGUUUGUCCAUAAUAACAUUAUAUUCUUUAUUUUUGUAUGGAAAUAAAAUGGAUAAAACAAACAAACAAUCACUGAAGUUUUAUUCCACUUGUUUG